UGAUCAACUAUAUCAAUACCAACGAGAUAUAUCUUUUGAGUCUCUUCUAUAUUUAUUUAUUUAAUUCCAACAACUGUAACGCAACAUCCAUAUAAUCAAUGAGACCUAUUUCUGACAUUUAUGCAUGCAAUAAGGGUUCCCCUCCUAAUUUGAAAGUCGAUUUGAAAGCUGCCUUUGGUGAAUUCCUCGGCAUGGCCAUUUUUCUCUUCUUAGCCCUUUCUGGCACUCAAGGUACUAUGGAGGCUCCUAUUACAACUAACUCGAAUCUGGGUCCUACACCAAGUCAAAUUCAGAGUAUUGCUUUCAGUUUCGGUGCUGGAAUCACAGUCGCCCUUUUCGUCUGUGGUCCUAUCUCUGGUGGUGUGUUGAAUCCUGCAGUUUUAUUAAGCCUGAUGCUAACGGGUAAUAUUAAUUGGUUACGUGGUAUUUUGUACUUUGUUGCUGAGAUCGUUGGUGGUAUCGUGGGUGCGUACUUCUCCAACUUUGUCACUGCUCACGAGUUACAAGGAGUCAACAAAUUAAAUCCUGGUUUCAAUUAUGCACAAGGCUUCUUUGCCGAGUCGCUUUUAACCUGCGCUCUCUGUUUGACCGUUUUAUUCAUCAUUGUUGACAGGCAUCUAUUGGCUGAUUUUGCUCCUUUCGUAGUGGGUAUUGUUGUCUUCAUGUGUUGUUUGGUCGGUGCCCCUAUUGAUGGUACCUCUAUCAACCCUGCGCGUUCCUUCGCUCCCUCUGUCGUUACUGGUAUCUGGAAAGAUCAUUGGAUUAUGUGGUUUGGUCCUCUCGUAGGCGGUAUCUUUGCAGUGAUUAUUUAUAUUACAACAAAGGUUCUCACAGAAGAAUCACAAGAACAAGUCUUACUUCAGAAUGCACAAAACCAGGCUAUCUUGGAGCAACAAGCUAAGAAUAACCAUGAAAAUGCUAUGAACAAUGUCUAAUUCCGCAAAUAACAUGAUCCUCCAAAAACACUAUGCAUUUUUCAUCGAUCUAAUUAUUGUAGAUCCAUAUAACCCUACCCUCUUCUCAUUCAGC